ACAAAAAAGAAAUUCCACCCUUCUUUCUUCGUUUCCAGACGAUUUCCAGACCGUCUUUAGCAAGAGAAACUGACCAGGCCAGGCCCACUCACUGUAGUGAAUAAUAAUAUAGCAACAAAAUGUCGCGGCCUGCAGCGAGACGAGGACGGCCGUUCGGAGGAGCUGCGGCAUCAGGCGGCUCCAAAACUGCCAAUCAGCUCGCAACCCUGCUGAAACAGGCCAGGCAAAGUGGACAGCUGAAUCUAUCCAAUCGCGACUGGGACACGGUGCCCGAUGCAGUGUGGCGCAUCAAUGUGGACGUUCCCGAGGAGGCGCGCGACGUCAGUUUGGAUCGAAGCGAGGAGACGUGGUGGGCGCAGAACGACCUCACCAAGUUGUUUCUGUCAUCGAACAAGCUGAAAGAGAUCAGUGAAGACAUCUCCAUGCUAGGUGCACUUACAAUAUUGGAUGCGCAUGACAACCAGCUGACGUCACUACCCAACGCACUGGGUGAUCUGGAGCGGCUCAGUCGACUCACUCUCAGUGACAACCGUCUGUCAAAGCUCCCCGCCGCUGUGUGUCGCCUGGCAAAGAUGCAAUUCCUGGCCAUCGACAGCAACCAGCUCACCGAGCUACCCUUGGAGAUCAACCUCAUGCAGUCCUUGACCGUCCUGAAAUUGCAGAAGAACAAGCUUGAGCGUCUGCCCGAUGGUGUCUGUCAGCUACGUCAGCUGCAGAGUCUCACCGUGAACAACAACUCUUUGACAGAGUUACCGGCUGGACUGGGACUAAUGACAUCACUGAAGGAGCUCAUCGCGCAUAGCAAUCGCAUCACUACUGUACCUAACUUGGAGGGCUGUGCGUCGCUGGCCCGUCUGGAGCUGCAUCGCAACCGACUGCAGACACUGCCCACCGUGAACACAGGGCUCAAGGAACUCAUGCUGGCAGAGAAUGGAAUCUGUGCGAUCGACGACUCCUGGCAGGCUGCCUCUCUGUGCUCGCUGGACCUAUCCAGCAAUAAGCUAACCCAACUUCCGGAGCGCAUCACGGAGUUCGAGCAACUGGAGAGACUAAACAUCUCCAACAACGACAUUUCAAAUUUGCCGUAUAUUCUAGGCACCAUGCCGCUGAAAGCGUUACACGUCCAGGGCAAUCCGCUACGCGCCAUUCGGCCGGCCAUUAUACAGAAAGGCACACAUGCCCUGCUGCAGUUCCUGCGGGAGAAAAUACCCGUCGAGGGCAGUGAGGCAUCUGCACCGCCAGUGUCUACCCUGGACGCCAUGACGUCACAGUCCAGUCAAGCGUUACACACUGCACAUGACCUUUCUGUUAGCAAAACACUGGACUGCAGCUCCAAGAAACAAGCGGUUAGUGGUGAGCUGAUCCUUGCUGCAGCUGAGGCAGGCGUCACUAGUGUUGAUUUCAAACGAUGCGACCUGACGGAAGUCCCGAGCGAUAUUGGAUCUCUGUCCGUUUCACUUACCCAUCUCAAUCUGAGUCACAACCGACUGGACGCUCGCCUCACGGGAAUUUCCAGCCUCCGCUGUCUGCAGAUGUUGGACAUCAGCUACAACUCUCUCGUGGAGAUUGAGAACAUAGGCAGCUUGCUAGCACUCCGUGAACUUCGAAUUUCAGGCAACAGACUGCGGCGUAUUCCAGAGCAGGUCUACUGCCUAACAUCUCUGGAAAUUCUCCUAGCCAGUGGUAACCAGAUAAACGAAAUAGAUGUUGUCGGAUUGUCGGGACUUGGAAAGCUUGGUCAUCUGGACCUCCAAGACAAUGAUAUAACACAGGUUCCUCCGACAUUGGGCAACAUCACACAACUGGUCUCGCUGCAGAUCACCGGAAACCCAUUCCGUGUACCUCGCCCCGCUAUACUACAAAAGGGAACUGUGGGCAUCCUGGCAUACUUGCGUGAUCGCAUACCAGCGUAACGCCAUCCCCUGCACGCGCUCUAGUAUGAAGGUCUUAACGUGGCGGAGAAGAUGGUUAUUCCGCGGGUUGCGCUGCUGCUGCUGCUACGGCACGUUACCUUGAGCAUUGUCGUUUUGAGGCGAGUGUCAUUGCACACCGAUCAGCUCGCUUUCUCGCUGCCGCUGCUGCUACCACCAAGUUGAGUUGAGCUGGAGCCAUGACCAGGGCAUCGACUCGCACAGACUCGCACCCUGCACCCUGCAUAUUGUGGCGAACUUGACAUGACAGCUGUCUGUGCGGCAGUUAUAGUUUCCUGUGUCCCGGUGUUGAUGCUUGUCAUACGUAUUCCUGCAAAGGCCCACUCGCUGGUGCAGCGAUCUUGCCGCAAGCUAGAUUGUGCUCGAUUUUACUCUCAUGAACUGUGUGGACCGCGGCACGUUUCUUACCUCGCACGUAUCGUUGAUACUUCUACCGCCCUGCCGAGAUCACACCGCUGCUGAGAUCACACCUACUGUCUUUCUCUCUGCCCGCCCCGAUCUCACCCCGUUCAUCCACGUUUAUCACCCGCUGGCUUUAUCCGGUGCAAGGUUUUUUAUCAGAAUAAUCAUUUUUUGUGCUCGUA